AUGUCUCAGGACAAGAACAGCUACCCUGGGGUUAUGGGGGAGAACAACCCCCUCCACAACAACAUCUACGGACCGCCCCAGCCCGGGUUCGGGAUAGCCCCUCCCAACUACACCCCGGCCCCAGUGCAAGCUCCAUACCCCGGCCAGCCUGCAGCCUAUGGCCAGCCUACACCAUACGAUCAGCCUGCACCCUAUGGUCAGCCUGCACCCUAUGGUCAGCCCGGGUUUCCUCAGGGAGGCCUCGGGUUUGGACAGGGACCCUACCCUCAGAUGCCCUAUCCCCAGGGCCCCUACCCCACAGGGCCCUACCAGCAACCUGCACAGCCAGGGUUCCCUGGUGACCCCAACAGUGAGUAGAAAGUAGUGGACAUAUAGCUGUGCUUGAGACAUUUCACAUGAUUAUGUUUGGAAGAGAAGUCAUAUGGUGUCAUGGUGAAUCUAGGAAGAGGUUGCUCUCUAGACACUGUUCCUGGUUCUUCUAGGUUUACCUCCAUUCUAUGCUUUAAUGGCUAUAAGAGUGUAAAACUGUCUCUAGACCUGGGCUAACAUGCACAUUAUCCCUACACUUAAAUGUUUUGUAACUCUCAAGCCCAUAUCAUACAUCAUUAGUCCAAGUGGGCCAAAAGCAAUGUGCUCAGGGACAGUUAAAUUAAUUAUGUUACCAGUCUUCACUCCUGCUUAUGUCAGUUUUCCAUUUCAAAGGCAGGUUUGGAAAUUCUUUCUAUUUAAGGUCACUGGUUGGUUUUCCACUUAGAUGGAUGUAUUAUUGCCCUGAGAAACUGCUGCCUGUGUCUUUCACUGUCCAUCAUUAACCUAGUGUGCUGAAGAAGCACACAGUUCAUCCUCCUGAGGUUAAACUGUCUCACUUUCUGACUGACUGACUCACUGACUGAUCAAUAACUAUAUAGAACUCACCCUUUCAAUGACCCGUGUCAAAACGACACAUACAAUAGUCUCACAAUUGACAAGCAUUUGAUUGGCAAUAGUCUCACCCCUGUAGUGAUUAAACCCGUAGUUACAAUUUGGUCCUUGUUGUUGUUGUCUGGGGUUUUCAGCUUCCAUUGGUGACGGUUACCAUGGGGAUGUGCCGCCAUCUUACUACGACAACGAGGAGUUCACCAACUCUGGCUUUGAGGACAAGAGCAUCCGACAGGCGUUCAUCAGAAAGGUGAGGGAGGAGAGGGGACGGGACUGCAUGAAUGAGAACAGAAUAACGUGCUGUCAGUUGAGUGAAUGGAGGAGAUUGAAACCAAAUCAUUCUAUCAGCUGCUAGUUAUUCAGAUGUAAAUGAGCUGUUAGCUAACUCUGGUGCAAAAAUAAAUAAACUCUGGUGCAACGCAUCACUUCUCACUUUUGAGAUGUACUGUAUGUUUUGGUUGUACACUGUCCCUGUCCAAAUACACUUAAUUAAUAAAACAAUGAUCUGCUAUUCUUUUCACGUUUUUGACUAUUAUUCAAAAUAAAUACAUUCCUGCACAAAUCUAGCCAGCAAUGUUUCACCUUUUAAUGUCAAUAGCCAAUGUUGACUGACCCUUUGUCAUAGUUAUUGAGAACCUUUCUUGAGACAGUCCUGUAACAUCUGUCUGUCCAACCUUCUCCCCCUCCUCCCAGGUGUUCCUGGUGCUGACCGUUCAGCUGAUGGUCACCACCGCCUUCGUGGCGGUCUUCACCUUUGUGGACGACGCCAAGUUGUUUGUGCGGCGUAACCCCUGGACAUACUACGUGUCCUACGCAAUCUUCUUCGUGUCUCUCAUCACCCUCAGCUGCUGUGGAGAGUUCCGGCGCAAACACCCCUGGAACCUGGUGGCAUUGGUACAGCCCCACCAUGACUUUGGCUGCAUCCAACAUGGCACCCUAUUCCCUAUGUAGUGUUCUACUUCAAAAGUAGUGCACUAUGUAGGGAAUAGGGUGCCAGUAGUGCACUAUGUAGGGAAUAGGGUGUCAGUAGUGCACUAUGUAGGGAAUAGGGUGCCAUUUGGGACGCAUACCGUGUCUUUUAACCUCUAAAUAGAUGCUUUGUCUUUUGCAUCAACCCUAUAUAUCUGUUAAUAAUGUUUCGGUUUGGGACAAUGUUGCUGGAAUUGGGUAGAUAUUGAUAUUAGACUAGAGCUACAAAUAUAAGAGAGAUAUUGUCAAGAUAGAUAUUGUCACGUUUUAUAAAACCGUAAGAAAUCAACGAAGCACAGAUUAGAUCGAUUAAAGGUGCACUAUGCAGAAAUCGCUCCACCAUUUCCUGGUUGUUAAAAUUCUAAUAGUACGCCUAAUUUCAGUUUCUAUAUGGAAAAAACAAACAAGGAAGUGUAGUGUAGAGAAUCAUUGUACCAUCUGAACCGCUGUGACAUAUAUUUUCCAUAACCCCAAAUAUUGUAUUUUCAGCGGUUUGAAGCUGGUGUACAAAACUGAAAGUAAAAGACGCAAAAACGAAACUUAUAAAAGGGGAAGCAUAGAAUAGCGCAUAUAGAACAGAUCUACUGCUUCUUAGACUUGCUUUCAAAGAGAAUUACACAUCUGUAACUCACAUUUGUAUGUGAAUUUUGUUGGGUCGCCCAAAAAGUUACGUAUUGUAGCUUUAAAUACAGUUGAUGACCUGAUUUUGUCUAUAUGUUAGUUCUAUAACAUUCUGAGAGGGAUGUGUUGUGGUUGUAAUCCUGACGUUGUCUGUCCUCAGUCCAUCCUGACCCUGAGUCUGUCCUACAUGGUGGGGAUGAUCGCCAGCUUCUACGACACGGAGACCGUCAUCAUGGCCGUGGGCAUCACCGCUGUGGUCUGCUUCACUGUGGUCCUCUUCUCACUACAGGUCUGUAGUACACACAUGCACACAGGCAUGAACAAACACACUCCAUCCUUACUCCCACCUUGCUGUCAGUGUCACACUUACUGUUUUGCAAACCAUGAUAUUAUGGAGUAUUUUUCUGCCUCCAUGGCCUUUGUUUCAGUUUCACUAUUACUAUCGCAUACUGUCACUAUCGCAUACUGUCACUAUCGCAUACUAUUACCAUCACAUACUAUGGCAUAGCCUUGCGAAUUGAGGAACGUGCAGGGACUUUAACCUCAACUCCCUCUUGGGACAAUAACAAUCCUUGACAAUCCCACAUUUCCCUGUUUUCUCCCCUAAUCUAGAGCAAGUAUGACUUCACUUCCUGUCGGGGCGUUCUGUUCGUGUGUCUGAUCGUCCUGCUGCUCUUCUCCAUCCUCUGCAUCUUCAUCCGCCACAGGAUCCUCCACAUCGUCUACGCCUCCCUGGGAGCCCUGCUCUUCACCUGCGUAAGUAGAGGAACUCGCCUGCAUUUUAAUGAUGGAUUGCAUUUACAUUGCACUUUUCAAAGUGCCCAAAAGGUCUUCAUGUUUUAAGGGGGGCACUCGCCUCAUCCACCGCCAUUGUGUCACCUGUGAAAGUGUACUAAGUAAACGUGGCGUGGUUGACUAUCAGGGCAAAUUUAUGUAUAAAAGGUCUGUUGUUUACUAGGGAUGUCUGUCAUUAUAAUCAAUGUUAUGGUGCAUAUGGGAUGGUUGCUAAAUUACAGGGUUGUGGCAGGGCUAUACCAAGGAUGUAUAUCAAACCUGGCUUCAACACAGCACCACCUAUCAGUCAUCUAGUGUGUAUAUAUGUAGUUGGGCUAUACCCAUUGCGUGUUAGUGAGGAUGGAGGGAGGGGACAGCGUGUUAGUGAGGAUGGAGGGAGAGGACAGCGUGUUAGUGAGGAUGGAGGGAGAGGACAGCGUGUUAGUGAGGAUGGAGUGAGAGGACAGCGUUUUAGUGAGGAUGGAGGGAGAGGACAGCGUUUUAGUGAGGAUGGAGGGAGGGGACAGCGUGUUAGUGAGGAUGGAGGGAGGGGACAGCGUGUUAGUGAGGAUGGAGGGAGAGGACAGCGUGUUAGUGAGGAUGGAGGGAGAGGACAGCGUGUUAGUGAGGAUGGAGGGAGAGGACAGCGUGUUAGUGAGGAUGGAGGGAGAGGACAGCGUGUUAGUGAGGAUGGAGGGAGAGGACAGCGUGUUAGUGAGGAUGGAGGGAGAGGACAGUGUGUUAGUGAGGAUGGAGGGAGAGGACAGCGUGUUAGUGAGGAUGGAGGAAGAGGACAGUGUGUUAUUGAGGAUGGAGGGAGAGGACAGUGUGUUGGUGAGGAUGGAGGGAGAGGACAGCGUGUUGGUGAGGAUGGAGGGAGAGGACAGCGUGUUAGUGAGGAUGGAGGGAGAGGACAGCGUUUUAGUGAGGAUGGAGGGAGGAGACAGCGUGUUAGUGAGGAUGGAGGGAGGAGACAGCGUGUUAGUGAGGAUGGAGGGAGGGGACAGCGUGUUAGUGAGGAUGGAGGGAGGGGACAGCGUGUUAGUGAGGAUGGAGGGAGGGGACAGCGUGUUAGUGAGGAUGGAGGGAGAGGACAGCGUGUUAGUGAGGAUGGAGGGAGAGGACAGCGUGUUAGUGAGGAUGGAGGGAGAGGAAAGCGUGUUAGUGAGGAUGGAGGGAGAGGACAGUGUGUUAGUGAGGAUGGAGGGAGGGGACAGCGUGUUAGUGAGGAUGGAGGGAGAGGACAGCGUGUUAGUGAGGAUGGAGGGAGGGGACAGCGUGUUAGUGAGGAUGGAGGGAGGGGACAGCGUGUUAGUGAGGAUGGAGGGAGAGGACAGCGUGUUAGUGAGGAUGGAGGGAGGGGUCAGCGUGUUAGUGAGGAUGGAGGGAGGGGACAGCAUGUUAGUGAGUAUGGAGGGAGAGGACAGCGUGUUAGUGAGGAUGGAGUGGGAGGACAGCGUGUUAGUGAGGAUGGAGGGAGGGGACAGCGUGUUAGUGAGGAUGGAGAGAGAGGACAGCGUGUUAGUGAGGAUGGAGGGAGAGGACAGCGUGUUAGUGAGGAUGGAGGGAGAGGGCAGUUUGAAUUCCAAUGGUUGGUUGUGGGAUAUGGUAGAGACGUGAAGGAGAGAGGAUGAAGAAAGACCAUUUUACAGAUGAGAACAUUAUUUCUAUUUUAUUCAGCAUAGUCUAUGAUGAUUUCAGGCUAAUGCAGUAUGGCAGAACAUCACUGGUAACUUUUGUGGUUAUAAGAAUAUGAAGCAUUAAAAAACCAGCAUAACCUGAAAAUCCAUGUGAUGUACCUACUUAGGUCUGUAUGCAAAGCGUUACAAUUCUGCCCUACAUGAUUGCCUGAUUGAAUGUUUUUGUUGUUUUUUUGUUGUCUCUCUUGCCAUAAUAAUUCCUGACUCCAUGUUCUGUGUGGUUGUAGUUCUUGGCUGUGGACACCCAGCUCCUCCUGGGCAACAAGAAGCUGGCUCUGAGUCCAGAGGAGUACAUCUUCGCCGCUCUCAACCUCUACACAGACAUCAUCAACAUCUUCCUCUACAUCCUGGCUCUCGUGGGCCGUUCC